AUGAAAAUUGAUCUGUUCCUUCUCUUCGAGGCUGUGACAACCAGCAUCUUCGGCGUUGUGCUCUUCGCCAUCAUCAUCACGAGCAUUUCUGCCUGCCUGCAGCGCGAGCACCGGAUGAAAGAGCGCGGACAACAGUGCGAGGAGUUAGUAGUCAUGACUACAGAGAAACAGCAGCAGCUCCAGUGGCUCUCCGGGAUCAAUAACCUCACCGAUAGUCCGAAUCUCUGUGGCGAUGCCGUCUCCCUCAGCUACCUGUCUUCCCGCUGA